GGAGACAGGCGCGUACUGUUUUCUCAUCCUCUUCACUUCUCUCAAGUGUAAGCACAUUUUUGCUGGCGCUUAUGGGAAUUAAGCACUCGUCCCGCUGCAUGCUCCUCCGGAGAAAAAUGGCGGAGUCUGAGAGCAGUGAGCAACCACAGUCACAACCACAGCCAGUCCGCAUAAUUCCAUCCCAGUCAGCACAGCCCACCUCGUUGCCCAAGCCUGUGCCUUCCAUCCAGCCUGCCGCACGGCCUCCUCUGCCGCCACACACGCCCCAUGCAGCCAGCCUCCCCAGCUGUCCCGGGAGGGGCAAGAUGGCCAAGUUCCUUAGCCCAGAGGAGAUGACCUCACGAGACUACUACUUUGACUCUUAUGCACACUUUGGUAUACACGAGGAGAUGCUGAAGGAUGAAGUGAGGACACUCACCUACAGGAACUCCAUGUACCACAACAAGCAUGUCUUUAAGGACAAAAUAGUGUUGGAUGUUGGAAGCGGAACUGGAAUCCUGUCCAUGUUUGCAGCCAAGGCAGGGGCAAAGCAUGUGUAUGGGAUUGAAUGUUCCAGUAUAUCAGAAUACUCAGAGAGGAUCAUCAAGUCCAACCACCUCGACAGUGUGAUCACCAUCUUCAAAGGCAAGGUGGAGGAGGUGGAGCUUCCUGUUGAGAAGGUUGACAUCAUAAUAUCUGAGUGGAUGGGCUACUGUCUCUUCUAUGAAUCCAUGCUCAACACUGUCAUCUUUGCCAGGGACAAGUGGCUGAGACCCGGAGGAUUAAUGUUUCCUGACCGUGCCUCCCUGUAUUUGGUGGCCAUAGAGGACAGGCAGUACAAAGACUUCAAAAUACACUGGUGGGAGAACGUUUAUGGCUUUGACAUGACCUGUAUCCGUAAUGUGGCGAUGAAGGAACCACUGGUGGACGUUGUGGAUCCCAAACAGGUGGUGACCAACUCCUGCCUCAUCAAGGAGGUUGACAUCUACACAGUGAAGAUUGAGGACCUCUCAUUUACCUCAACAUUCUGCCUGCAGAUCCAGAGGAAUGACUACAUCCAUGCACUGGUCACUUACUUCCACGUAGAGUUUACUAAGUGUCACAAAAAGACUGGUUUCUCCACAGCGCCAGACGCUCCGUACACCCACUGGAAGCAGACAGUGUUUUACCUGGAGGACUACUUAACAGUGCGGAGAGGAGAGGAGAUUACCGGCAGCAUUGCUGUGAAGCCCAAUGAGAAAAACACUCGGGACUUGGACUUCACCUUUGAGCUGGAUUUUAAAGGACAGCUGUGUGAAGCUGCCAUAGCCCACGACUACAAGAUGCGUUAAAUUUGACUGAGAGACUGUGGUGCUCCAUUGAAUAUAAACCCUGAGCAGUGGAUGGUGACAGAAACACUCCUAUGACCCCAGAUGAUGUAGAGGGGCAUUGAACAAAACAGGAGACCCGGCCAAAGACAAAGCAGAGGUGGCCCCACUGGCAAUAUCACUAUUGUCGCUACGAUAUCGCUAUGAUGAAGACAGGAAGUUACUGAUGCCGACUGUUAAACAAUCCUGAAUGUAAUGAUGACAAAAAGAGCACAGGAAUAUUUUCUAGAAUGCUUUUGAUUCUUGAUGUGUGUGUACAUGUGAGACGGAGUGAUGUACCCGUGUGUUUUGUUCUGUACUUGUUUUCCACGAUAGCCUGGACCUUAUGGAGGGAUUUUUAAAUUAGAGUAGAGCUCAUUUAAUUCAUUACUGUAUUGUCCAUAUACUGCUAUAGGUAGACGAUCAAUUUAAAGUGUAAUUCUUCUGUCAUGUUAUGUACUGUAGGGAAUGUUAUCAGAGAAACACUUUAAUUUAUAGUUGUAUCAAUUAAGCAAUGUUGGAACACUAACAGCCAAGGACAAACCUGCGUAGGUACGUGUAUGUGUACUGUGAAAGGUAACACGUGUUUGCAUAGUCAGUGUACUAGUAGCUUCCUGUGAGUGUGUAAUAGAAGGCAUCUGGUGCACAGCUUGGAUUCCGGAUGUGUCGUCAGUUAGAGUUGUGACAUUGACAUGCCAAUAACAUACUUUCCCCAUCCUCAAUGCCUUGACCAAGUGCCGAAGUGUACCUAGUUCUUUUACGCACUGCUGCAUUUAGCAUUUUUCUAUAGUUUCAUAUACACACUCCAGCCACUCUCCUUUAAUUGGUUUGAGAUUAGAUCUUCAUAAAGCACAGGCUCAAGCCAUCAAGCUUCUUUAGUCGGACAUGGACAUGACCCAUGUCAAGCAAUCGGACCCACAAUUAAGUCCUAGAUAUAAGCUCUGAACUCGGAUAACAGACUAAGAGGAGUCAAAUAAAUACUGAUGAUGCUGCACUUAUAACUUAGCUAUAACCUGAUGAGACUUUUUCUCAUAGCAUGCACAUAAAUAUGAUCACAUGAUGCUUGAGUUUACACACUGUAACCUGCAGUUACUGUAGGACACAAAGCAGUGCGUUGAAGCUGAUGAAAAUCCACUUCACCUGUGCUCUUACUGAGGUAAUUGCCAAGGUAUCCGCUUGAAGGCUUUUCUUCAGUCAAGACCUGGAUCCAGGCAAAGGUUACCCUAAUAUUCACUUUAUUGUUCCUAGUAUUAGCCUAAAACAUCAACAAGAGAAACAAAACUGUUUUUCUUUGAAAAUCACAUUGUCUUUCCCAGAUUUUAACUGAGUAUUCUAUGGUAUUGUUAUGUCCAGAGACAGUCAAGAACUGGCCUCAAAUCCCCGGUCUCAUACAUCGACCAGAGGCCCUUUCAAUGCUGAAACCAAAAUGUACAGUUGCCUCACACUGUACAGCAGCUGGGGGCAAUGGAGGAAACUGAUAAAUUAUAAAGCCUGCAACUAAUGCUUAUAACAAUCACUGAAAAGUGCAGUAUCAAACUAAGUGCUGUUUUCUCAGAGCAGACAGUUUCUCUGACCCGGCGUACAGGGCACUGACUGGUACGGAUAAGCAAUACUAUGUUAUGAGUCAUUAAUGCUUGCAGUCAAUUAUACAUGAUAAGUCAUUAAUUUAUUUAGUUAUUUAUUUAAAAUGAUACUUGCAUUUAAAGAGCAUCUUUGAAAUUUGUCAGGUAAAAAAAAGAUGGCUGCUCAAAUUAAACACAAAUAGAUUUGUCAUCUGGU